AUGCUGAGCCCUAAGGUAGCCCGAGUCUUCCUCCGCAAGCGAAGAGGCGAGGCAGGGGAGGGCGACCAGCAGCCCUCCCAGAAGGAGAUCCUCAUCACCAACGAGACCAUCGAGUCUCUCCUCCACCUCCGUCAGGUCGACGCCGCCAACCAGCUCGGCAUCUCCCUCACGGCCCUCAAGAACGCCUGCAAGUACCUUGGCUUCGACGACUGGCCGACGGCGAGGAGCAACCUGAUGGCGGCUCAGCACGGGAGAUCAGGGGAGCUGCCGUCGCUGGUGUCAGGACCUGGGCAGGGAAGGCAGGGAGCGAGACGAGGGAGGGACGGGAGGAAGCGGACGAUGCCAGAGGGAGAUGUGGGAGGAGGGAGAGGGGAGAAGCGGAGGGUGCUUGCGGAGAGUCUCCCGGAGCUGAGGAGCCACGGGCUGGAGGAGCUGAUGCUGGACGCGCUGGAGCACGUUGCGAGUGCAUGA